AUGGCCAACGCCGACAAAGGAUCGCACAUGCGAACAAUGCCACACAAUUUGAGGACGACGUUGUGGCUGACUUGCCAACUAGUGCAAGUGGCUCCGCGUUUUCAGUGGUGGCACUCAAUAGCGCCCACUUCGGGUGCUGUGAAAGCGCCUCUCUCGCUUUCGCUCUCUCUCAACGUUGCAAAAUCUCGUAGGCAGGCCACGUUCACUGUUACCGUUCUGGAUGUUAAUGACAAUCCACCACAAUUCCCCAUCAAUCCACUCACCGUCACAAUUGCAGAGGACGCCCAAGUGGGAAAUUUAGUGGUUAGCCUCAACGCCACUGACCCCGAUCGCCCAGACGACGUUCAUCCCGUGACCUACAGUCUUGUCACCAUCAUUGCACUCUCCACUACUCAGCCGAUGAGCGCUGCGAACAGCUCCCAUUUCCGUCUGGAGGGUCAUACGGGCCGUCUGUUGCUGGCUGAACCGCUGGACCGUGAGACUAAUGCGGAAUACCAGCUGACGGUGCGAGCGACAGAUAGGGGCAGCCCAAAGACACAGUCCUGUGACCUCGUCCUACGAAUUCAAAUCCUCGAUGUUAACGACAAUGCGCCAGUCUUCGGAAGUCCAUCCGGUUACCGGUUUGUCAUUGAGGAGGAGAAAGAAGCGGGCUCAGUGGUGGGUGUUGUAUCGGCAACAGACGCCGAUGAAGGCAAGAAUGGCAAGAUAUCCUACCGUCUCUUCGGCACCGCCGCAGCAGUUCAGCGUGGAUUUGCUAUUAACCCCACUACUGGAGAGAUCACCACCAAAGUGAGUCUUGAUCGGGAAGUCAACGCUGUCUACGAGUUCUUUGUCACCGCAGAGGAUUCCGCCCCUUCGAAACGGCUUACCGCCACAGCAAAGGUUACUGUUGAACUACUCGACAUCAAUGACAACGAUCCUAAAUUCAUCUACCCCACUCAACCCAAUCACACCAUCCAUGCGUCUGCGUACAGCAAAGUCGGCACUGCGAUUGUCAAGCUGACAGUGUUUGAUGCAGACGCAGCUGGAGAGCAGGGUCUUCUCUUCCUCAUGAAAAACUCCACCUCACAUGGUCUCUUCUCCCUGAGUCCCAGUUCUGGAGAACUCGCUUUUGCACGCGAGGUCCUUGAUGACGACAUUGGCAGUCAUUUUCUAGAGAUAGAGGCGAAAGAUAAUGGGGUUCCUUCACGUUCCUCCAUCACUUCUAUCACCGUGGUAAUUGAUGCAAAGAAUCCUCAAAGAAACCCUGGAUCGAUUAACACAGGUGCAGAAUACGUGAACAGUCCGACUUAUUCAAAGUCGUGGAACCACCGAGACGAAGCCGCGUACUCUCUCUACGGCCAGGAUACAAGUGUAGAGGUCUACUCACGGCAGGACAGUCCACCGGCCUUCGAUCGUCGACUGAUCCUCAUUUCUUGUCUAGCCUUUCUGGGGUGUCUACUUCUUGUAGUGUUUGGAGCUAUUCUUAUUCGUUUCCGGCAUCGCGCACCCACGGAAAAUGCUCCACCCACCAAUCCAGCAAACUUUGUCCACGCGAAGGAAGCGAAGUACAAAGCAGCGACCUUACAGCCACAGACUAGCGUGCCAGGAAAGGAUUUGUUGAAUCGAUACGUCUAUGGCUGGUCGGCUCAGAGGUCGCCGUUGGUUGGAGGCGCCCGUUGUGCCAAUGCUACUGUGCCACAGCAGCAGCAACGAAUGCUGCAAGAACAUCACCAUCAACAACAACAGGAGCAGUUUCUCCGCCUUGGCUUUAUGAACGGCACUACUGCAGGUGCGGUGGCUGCAGCCGCUGAGAGCUUUGACAAUGCGAUACAGGCUCGACCGUGCAGAGGCGAGGUUACUUUGCAGGCGAAAAAUCGGUCCGGUUCACUAGGAGACAGUCUGGAGGAGUACGAAAGGCCCCCAAUCCCCAUCGUCGACAGGGCGAACAUCUACCUCAGCCAGGGCCAGAUGAACCGUGUUGACGACGUUUGGGAGCAGCGUGCUGACAAAGUCCUCAACAAUUACGAAGCUCCAGGUGAUGGAAAUGGCUGUAAGUAUUUCUAG